GAUAUAGAGAUCUCCAAAUUACGAACUAGUCGGAUGGUUUAUCAGUGAAGAAAUUUAAAAAUCUGGGGUUCCUAAUGUUCGAUUGCGUUCCUUCUGCUCCAUUAACUUGUUCCGGCGUUGUAACCCUCAAGUUAGGGUUACUGAGAUGUAAUUGGAAAGUAAGAUUCUGCAGAACCGAGUUCUUUCGAAGGAUUGAUUACUGUCGUUCCUCAAAACUCUCAAAUGACUUCAGUUCAGUUCGGUUAGGCACUCGAAACGGAGUUCAAUUUGCUGGUGCUUCUUUUAAUCGUAAUGGAGGUGAGAUAGAUGAUGUCAGUCCAUUCGAUCUUGUAAGGUUGAGUCGUAAUUCAGAUGCUUUGGGAUCCAGAAACCAUGAUAUUUAUGAUGAAUUGGGUUUAAAGGAGGAAGAUGGAAAAGAAGAAGAUGUUCGUUUUAAUCCGACAGCAGCAAGCGGUUUCAGUGGUGGGCGAACGGAAGAUGAUAACAGUAGCACCGCAUCAGUGUCUUCGAAUGUCGAUUUUCUCGAAUUGAAGAGUGAUUUGGAAAACGGGGAGAGAACAACCAGGAGUUCGGGGAGUCUGGAGACCGAGGAUGUGAUUCGAACCGAAGGAACUGGUUCAACGUAUGACAAGCUAGGGCCGUCCAUUGGGAGUUCGGGACUCCGAAGCGGAAGGCAAAUGAUAAGGAGAUCGAGCAUGUUGGCAAAGCAAGUAAUUAGCGUGCAAUCUGCUCUUUCCUUGGGUUUUAUCUCGCAACUUUGGGUUGACACCUGCUCAUGGUUGGUUAUCAUGGUAGAGGUCAGGCCGAGCUUGCUUUCUGGAGAAACAGAAAGGUUUGUUCUGAAGGAUAUCUGCCAGGUUGGUGAUGUUGUGCUUGUUAAGGAUGAAAGUGUAUUGGAGAAUGAAUUUAAAAUGAUUGGACUGGACACUUUGGUAGGAUACAAUGUCAUAACACCUAACAAACGCAACAUUGGAAAGGUGCGAGGAUACACUUUCAAUGUUAAUUCAGGCGCUGUGGAAUCACUUGAGCUUGAUUCUUUAGGGAUUUCAAUUAUUCCAUCCAGUUUGGUAAGCACAUUUGCUUUGUUUGUUGAGGAUGUGCUUGAAGUAGUAUCUGAUACUGUGGUAGUGCAUGAAACUGCAGCAUCCAGGAUUCAAAGAUUGACAAAGGGUCUGCUGGAUAAUCGGAAUGUUGAUGCUUCACAAGAUGAGUUUGGAGAAUAUGGCAGCUUUGAUAGUCGAUCUGCUCGAGUUGAUCAUAACCAAUCCAGUCAGAAAAAUUACAGUAGCAGACAGUUCGGGUCCAAAAUGAAGGAAAUUGAGGAAGAUUGGCAUCUCCCGAUGGAUUAUUUAUGAUGCAUCUGCAUGGAAAUUUUUUUUUGGGGGGGGCUUCUUUGUUGUUAAUCU